AUGCCACCGGAUGCUUAUGAGGAUUUGGUCUCCACGAUUAAGCAACAUUUCAGCGGACCCGUAGGAAUCGAAUCUGGAUGCGACUUCAUCGCUUCAUCUGCCUCGGAAGUAACGGAAUUCACCAUGUAUGUCAGUGAUGGCAACUUGGGAAAAGCUGCGGAGAUCUACACUUCUAUCAAUCCCCACUUUGCCUUCGACUUCAUCCAACGACGCCUGAGUCUUAGCAGCGUGCAUUGUCUGGCAGUCUCCGGUGAGAUCAAACCAGUUGAUGGAACAGCCCCCGUGCAGGAGAAUAUACGGCGCGAGAGUGAGCUGCUACAGAUCCAGGAGGCCAAGGUUUCAACGAUUCUUCUUCAGACGCAAGGCAUAGUGGUGGACGAUAUUGCGAAAAAGAUAGACAAGCUGAUGAAGGGGGACGUCGACAAAGACCGAGGACAUUUCCUCAAAGAUAUUUUUGAGGAUAUUGACAACUUGCAACUGCUACAUGGAAGUUUGAAGUAG